AUGACAUCUGGCGACGAUGGCGGCAUCGAUCCAUUGGACACGAGCGUCAUCCGCUCAUGGCGCUCCAUCAUCACUCUCGUCGUCUUUGUUCUUACCAACAUCGUCGUCCUCUUCCCAUUCCACAUCCCCUUGCCACUACCCGUGGUAGUACGAGAUGGGGUCCUUGAUGCGCUUGCCUUCAUGCGCGUCAUUGCCCCUCGCAAGGCCGCUUCGCGCAACCGCGAGACGAAGCUCCUAUGGAAGAGGUUCCCCAUGAACUUUGUCACUGCGCCGCUCAUUGCCGACCUAUUUCUGCUGGCCAUAUUGGCCAUCGGCCGACAAGAGGUGCAUGAUGGGACUAUUGGUGCAAACAACAUCUCGCCGUUGGAUAUCAUGGCCUUCUUCCUCUCCUUGGCCUACAUCGCUAUUUCUAUCGAUGCCUCGGGACUCAUUCGCUAUCUAGCCUUCAGAGUGCUGAAAUGGGGAGGCAAGGUCGGACACCGCCUCUUCUUCUACCUCUACGCCUUCUUCUUCAUUCUUACUGCCUUUAUCGGGAAUGAUCCCGUAAUUCUGUCGGGCACCGCCUUCCUCGCCUACAUGACGCGCGUAUCAAGCAACAUCCUCCACCCUCGAGCCUGGAUUUACACCCAGUUUACUGUUGCCAACAUGGCAUCAGCCAUCCUUGUGUCUUCGAACCCGACGAAUCUGGUCUUGGCUGGAGCCUUCAACAUCAAGUUCAUCAACUAUACCGCCAACAUCAUCGUACCGGUGGUCAUCACGGCCAUUGUCCUCUUUCCUUUCCUGCUGUACAUCGUCUUCGCAGACGAGUCGCUUAUCCCAGUUUCCAUCAAGAUGCAUGAGCUGCCCGAGGAAGUGAAAAACAAGAAGCCCGUCAACCCCAAUAUUCCGAAUGCCCGCGCAACGUUGGAAGAACAGGAGGACGAACAUAUGAAUGACGAGACUGGCCAACUUCUCUCACUAGAAGAGAUCAUGAACCCCUUCCUGGACAAGAAGGGCGCCGCGUUUGGCGGUAUCCUCAUGGCUGUCACGCUCAUCGCUGUGUUAGCAUUAAAUGCUGCAUCGCCGUCGAGUGGCGAGCAUCCUGUAUUUUGGGUCACGGUGCCUUCUGCUUUUGUUCUUAUCGUCUUUGAUCUGGUCCUGGGAUGGUACAAUCGCAAGGAGACGCGUGAAAUCGCCCGCCAGGGUCGCGCAAAACUGGAGACCAGUCAUGCCGAAAAGAAGCGAAGGGGCGAAUUACACACCAUUCAAGAAUCACCUCUUAUGGAACCAUCUGAGUCGGACACAAUUGCCGAAAAGGAGCCUGUGGAAGGAAAGCCUUCUCAGCAAGCAACAGCGGUGACUGCAAAGCAAAAAGAUGACGCUCCACAAGAUGACGACGCUCCAGUGAACGUUGAAAAGGGCAAAAAGGAAACUCCGCAAACUCGGACAACCCUAGCAUCACUCACAGCCAAGUCAUGGCGAUGGCUGCAAGAAACAUUCCCCACCUCCACCACAGUUCUCGCACAUCUCCCCCUCGCCCUCAUACCCUUUGCUUUCUGCAUGUUCGUCCUCGUCCAAGCGCUCGUUUCCCACGGCUGGGUCUCGGUAUUCGCCUACGGCUGGGAUCACUGGGUGAGCAAGACAGGCACAGUCGGCGCAGUCGGCGGCAUGGGUUUCUUAUCCGUAGUUCUCUGCAACUUCGCAGGCACAAACAUCGGCACCUCGAUCCUCCUCUCCCGCGUCAUCCAAGCCUGGCAAGUAAUCCACUCCCAGCCCGGCGCCCCGCCCAUCUCCGACCGCACCUUCUGGGCCACCGUCUACAGCAUGGCCCUCGGCGUCAACUACGGCGCCUUCAGCGCGGCCUUCUCCGCCUCCCUCGCCGGCCUGCUGUGGCGCGACAUCCUCGCCCGCAAGCACAUCCGCGUCAGCAGGUUGGAUUUUGCGCGCGUGAAUCUGCCCAUUAUCGCGAUUAGCAUGGUGGUGGGGUGUGUCGCGCUCAUCGCGGAGAUAUAUAUUGUGCGGGGCACGCAGCCUUACGAUAUAGGUCGAUAG